GCGCGGCCGUGCUCACCGGCGAGGGCGAGUGGACGGACGCGAUGGCGGCCGCUGGAGGAAACAAAGAUUGGAUAUUGGAGCCGCUCAGCUUGCCCGAGACAAUUCCUAACGCUGUACAAGAAUCCACCUCCUCCCUGCUACCUUGCAUAUUUUGUGAAGAAUGUUAUCCUUCAGAAGACAAGAAAGACUUACUCAGGCACAUGAUUCUUGAUCACAAACUGGUGAUAUCAGAUGUGAAGCUCAUUGUCGAUUUUAGAAGGUAUAUUUUGUAUUGGAAGAAAAGAUUUACUGAGCAGCCAAUUACAGAUUUUUGUAGUGUAAUAAGAACUAACUCCCAAGGUCCUGAGGAGGACCAAGCAGACUUCUACCUCCUGUCCGGUGUUUUACCUGAAGACCGAGUACUUAGAGAGCAACUUCAGCAAAAACGACUUGAAGAGGUAUUGGAACAGCAACAGCGGGAAAGAAUUGACACCAAUUUUUAUCGCAUCUGCAUGUUUUGUAAUGGAGAAUUUGCAGGAAAUAGAGCCAUCCUCUUGAAUCACAUGGCCAAAGACCACGCUUUCAACAUGGGUCUUCCAGACAACAUCGUCUACUGCAAUGAGUUUCUGGAUUUGGUGCAGAAAAAAGUGGAUAAUUUACAGUGUUUAUAUUGUGAGAAAACAUUCCGUGACAAAAACACCCUCCGAGAUCAUAUGAGGAAAAAACAGCAUCGAAAAAUCAAUGCCAAAAAUCAGGAAUACGACAGAUUUUACACCAUCAACUAUCUGGAGUUUGGGAAGAACUGGGUGGAAGUUCAAUCUGAAGACGAUGGUGGAAUCACAGAGGAGCCAGAUGAUGAUUGGUCUGAUUGGCAAGGCAGUCCAAUGUGUGCUGUCUGUCUUUUCUGCGAGAAAGCAAAAGAUUCAACUGAGAAACUACAUCUUCACAUGAAGGCAGCACAUCAUUUUGACCUUCUAAAAUUGAAAUCUGAAAUGGGGUUAAACUUCUAUCAGCAAGUCAAAUUAGUAAACUUUAUAAGAAGAGAAAUUCACCAAUGCCGAUGCCACAGGUGUGGGGAAACAUUCAGCUCCCAAUUGGAAACUGUGAAUCACAUGACUGAAACAAACCACUUGGUGGCCCUACUGGAUAGGUCGGCAUGGGACCAGCCCCAGUAUUAUUUUCCUACGUAUGAAAAUGAUGCUCUGCUCUGCACCUUGUCUGACAGUGAGAGUGAAGCUAUGGCAGACAAUCGAACAACAGACAUUCCUGUGGUUGCAGAAGACAUUUCAAAUUUGCAAACUCUGAAACAAAGCAGUAUUCUAAACGCGCUGCAACCUCGGGGGCCAGCAAAUAAACAGUCAACGUCUUCAUGAAUGAAAACGAAUGAUAUAAAUAACAGUCUCCAAUACUGCAGCUGAUGGAAUGUGAGAAACAGUAAACAUAUUCACAUAUGUGUAGACACAAAAUACUGGAGUAUCUCAGCGGGGCAGGCAGCAUCUCUGGAUAAUGUCUGAAUGGGUGACGUUUUGGGUUGAGACCCUUCUUCAGAUAUAUAUAUAUGUAGAAAGGCAAAAGUAAUCAUUAAUGCAAAAAAUCAUUCACAAGAAGAACAGCAACAGUGUUCAAACCUCUGUCAAUAACAUUGUUAAUGUCAAUUGAAGACAAAUAUUUAUUACAUAGAUCAAAACAUUACAAAAGACUAAAUUAAAAAAUGGCAGUUGUAAAAAAAUAUAUGCAAAUUAAAAUCACCACCAAAUUAAAAGUACAUUAAAAAACCUUACAAUAUCAA